CCGUUACUGAGCCGCUGCAGAAAUAUCGACCUUUGUAUUGGAGGUAAACACGACAUGAAAUUGAACUUUUAGUGACCGAAGGUGGACUUUGCGCCGUGUGUUUAAAUAAAAAAAAAAAAAAAAAAGAAGCGAGUGAUCGCAGCGGUGGACUUAUCACCUGUAUUCCUGCCCUGAACUAAAUGAACAGACUGUGCUGAGAGAAACUCCUUCCGCAGUUUACUGUAAACACAGAGACGCUGAUUAAGUCACUCGAGCUCUGAGCUUGAACAUUUACCUUUGUGUCCAGAAUCCGUUAUUUUGUCGCCAUGAACUUCUUCUUAGAGACUUUAAAGGUCCUCGGAUUGUCGGUGGUCUACUACCUGGAGGCGUUUGUCCGGCUGUUUGUGCCGGCGCGGAGGAAGAGUGUCGAGGGCGAGCUCGUGCUGCUGACCGGGGCUGGAGCUGGACUGGGCAGGAUCCUGGCGUUGGAGUUCGCGGGGCUCGGCGCGCGCCUUGUGCUCCUGGACAUCGACGAGGCGGGAAACCUGGAGACCGCGCGCCUCGUCAAGGAAACACAUGGUGCGCGAGCGCACACCUACACCUGCGACUGUAGCAGCCGGGAGGAGGUGUACAAAGUGGCAGACCGGGUCAAACGUGAGGUGGGUGACAUUACUAUCCUGGUGAACAAUGCUGGCAUCGUUACAGGGAAGAAGUUUCUGGACUCUCCAGACUCACUUGUACAGAAGACUAUGGAGGUCAACAGCAUGGCACAUUUCUGGAUGUGUAAGGCUUUUCUCCCAGCGAUGAUUGCUGCAAACCAUGGUCAUAUUGUCAGCAUAGCUAGCUCAGCUGGGCUUAUCGGUGUUAGCGGACUAGCAGAUUACUGCGCUAGCAAGUUUGCAGCAGUGGGCUUUGCAGAGUCUAUUGCUCUGGAGAUGUUGGCUAUGGGCUGUGACGGAGUGAAGACCACCAUUGUGUGUCCUUUCUUCAUCAACACUGGAAUGUUUGAUGGGGCUAACACAAAGUGGCCGAGAAUCAUGCCCAUUUUGGAGCCGGAGUACGUGUGUAGAAAGAUUGUGGAUGCUGUCCGGAGAGAUCAGGUCUAUCUGUAUCUGCCUCGUAGCAUCUACAUUUCAAUCGCUCUAAAGAGCAUAUUGCCCGUUAAAUUAGGAGUGCUGCUUGGUAAAUAUUUGGGAGCAUUUGACUUUAUGGCUAAGUUCAAAGGGCACGGCAAGAAAAGCGAUUGACGUCCGAGCAGAAACUAACCCCAUCCUUAGAGCUUCGGGAUCAUGCUUUCAGUGACAUUAGAGUGAAGCUGCAUUGAGAAGAAUAAAGCAAUCAAGAUUUUAUGCAAAAAUGGCAAUGCAAACUACUAUUGGCAAUGUGCCAUGACCACUGAAAAGGCACUUAAUCUGGACAGUACAUGUAAUGUGCCAGUAUAAUAACAAUGUAAUAAUAGUAAUGUAUGUGUACAUGUGUUUAACACAUAUCGGUUGUAAAUGUGUCAUGUCUUGUAUCACGAAAUACCUCCAAUGAAGGACAAGGAUGCAGAAAUGUGCCUUGACUGAAUAGUUUCUGUGGCUCACUUGAAUAUUUUUUUUAAUUUCUUAACCAAAAUGUAUUGAGGAAGCUGGUGUUAAACCAACACAGGCUAUGAAAUCCGAUAUGAAACCGAAUAAAGCUUAUAAACCACAGAUUAUGUUAACAUGUUGAUUUA